AUGUUUGACACUUGGCAUUCUGUUUUCUCAGUAACCAACAAGCGCACGAUAGGAGAAGCGCGCGGAGAAGUGGAAGAAGGCUCACAGCGGGGGGAGCCUCAAGUACAAGAAGGCAUAUAUAUCCCUGGAAAUCUUCGUAUUAUCUCCGACAAUGGACAACAGCGCGAGACUGAACGCGUUCCAACCAACCCUACUGUCACCGAAGACACGGCACCAACUGACGUUGAGCGCGCUGGUGUCGAAGAUAACGGCACGACCGCACUGCCUCAGGAUGCAGUCGUGAAUGACGACGACCAGCCGGCUGCCUCCAACCUUGAGCCAUCAGUUGCUGGUCAUAUGGAACCAAAUGCUGGCAAGUCCUGGGAGCUGAUGCUAUGGAUGAGAUGGGGCCGUGAUCAAGCCUCCCCUCCCGUCCCCUGGCAUACAAAAUACGAUCGAGAUGAAGAUCUCGACAGGCUUCAACAUAGCACGCCAGCCACGAUCUCUGGUGCCAUGCUGUCAGCUUGGAUAAAAUAUGCUAACAGAAAAGCACUCUCGAUCCUCAAGAGGCAAAUAAGUUUCGCUUCGGAAUGUGGGAAAAACGAAAGUAGAGUUGCCUGUACCAUAAACACGCAAUCAGAGUAA